GUGGGCUUCGGCUUAGAGCACGUUUCUCGCGAGCAGAUCCGGGAGGUGGAAGAAGACCUGGACGAGCUGUACGACAGCCUGGAGAUGUACAACCCCAGCGACAGCGGCCCCGAGAUGGAGGACACGGAGAGCAUCCUCAGCACCCCGAAACCCAAACUGAAACCUUUCUUUGAAGGAAUGUCCCAGUCCAGUUCCCAGACAGAAAUUGGAAGCCUGAACAGUAAAGGAAGCCUUGGCAAGGACGCCACCAGCCCGAUCGAAGCCUCCUCCGGGGACAAACUCAAACAGAAUCGGACCAAAAACAUGGAUGACAACAUCAACGAAACGGACAUCCUGGAAGGGAACGAGCAGGACGCUUACGGGGACCUAUCCAACACCUUAAUUAUCCCCGAAAAAGUCAAGACGCCGAUGAAAACGAACAAGGGGGAGCUUCAAAGCAUGGCCUCACCUAGCAAAAUGGACAGCGCCGUGCACACCCCGCGUCAGAAACGCAGCACCCCGCUCAAGGAACGUCAACUUUCCAAGCCGCUGAGUGAAAGGACCAACAGCUCGGACAGCGAAAGGUCCCCGGAUUUAUGUCACAGUACACAG